AUGAUUUUAUUUAUUUAUUUUUACAUUUGUUGUCCAUCAGAUGCGGCAGAGGCAGUAGUGAGUGUGUCUCCACUGCGCUGGCUGACUGAAGGAGACUCAGUGACUCUAAGCUGUGAGGUUAAACACUCCUCUACAGGCUGGACAUUCAGCUGGUACACAGAGGUUCCCUCCAGAGACAGUCAGGGUUCCCUCAGGUACAGUACAGCGCUCCUCUCAGACAGCAGCAGAGGAUCUGGAGGCUCCUACACUCUCAGUCCUGUUACUGUGAAGCACACAGGAGUUUAUAUGUGCAGAGCAGAGAGAGGAGAACCGGUCUUUCACACACGGGACAGUAACCUACAGCCACUGUGCAUCACUGGUGAAUCUCCUCCAGUGUCUCUGAUCAUCAAUCCCAGCAGAACUCAACACUUUACUGCUGACUCUCUCUCACUGAGCUGUGAGGACCAGAGUGACUCUACUGGAUGGACAGUGAGAGGAUACACACACAGUGAGACAGUGUCUGAUUGUUCAUCAGUUUCAGGAUCUACAUGUAACAUCAGCUCCCUCUCUACAUCACACACUGGAGUUUACUGGUGUCAGUCUGAAUCUGGAGGACGCAGUAAUCCUGUCAACAUCACAGUGCACCAUGGUCAUGUGAUCCUGGACAGUCCUGUCCAUCCUGUGACUGAGGGACAUCCUCUGACUUUACAUUGUUUAUCUCGCAACUCAAAUACCUCAGCUUCUGGUGUUGAUUUCUAUAAAGAUGGUUCAGUCCUGCAGAACAAGACUACAGGAGAGAUGACCAUCAGUACUGUCUCAAAGUCAGAUGAAGGUUUCUACCACUGUAAACACCCAGAGAGAGGAGAGUCACCCAAAAGCUGGGUUUCAGUCAGAGUUCUAUCAGAUGGAAAAGCUCCACUGUUGGUACUGAAGCUCCUCAGCAGUGCAGUAGCGGCCUCUCCGUAUGUGCUGGUGACCAUCAUUCUGGCAGUGAAAUGUUACAGAGCUCGAACUGACCCUGAUGAGGACAACAGACCAUACAGAGUGAUAGAAGCUGAAGUGUCUGUCUGAGUCUCAGGUGUUUACAUUAUUUUUUAUCAUCUAGCGUUUAUAUAACAGCAGCUCCCCGUGCAACAGAGAACACUGCAUUUAGCCCAUGGAGCUGUAACAUGAUGAACGAACGACUCUGACCCGAAGACUCGAGAGCUGAAAUAAUUAUUUCUGUUUCCGGGGAACAGACGUGAGAAAUGCGACGUGACAAAAGAAAGAACGACUCGGAUCGGGAGGUGAGGUGAACUAACAGACUGUAUAGCCUGAAGACCUAAUGCUAAGCUAUUAAUUAAUCAUUUCUGUUUCUCAUAAUUUGGCCUUGGCUGCAAUAGCCUAUAUUUUAUUUUUUAUUCCAAAUGUGAUCAACGUUUGCGUAAGUACUAGAUGUGUUGGUGAAUUUAACAUGUAACAUUUUAAUUAUAUUCUGCUGAAAUGAAAGAAAUUACUUGAAAAUAGAUUUGUUCAUUUUGCUGAACGCGAUUCAAAGA